UGCGGGUGUGUGUUUUCCAGGAUGGUUGAAUAUUCCCUGGAUUUGCAGAACAUCAACUUCACAGCCAUCAGGACGGUGAGGGUGCUGCGGCCUCUCAAGGCCAUCAACAGGGUGCCAAGCAUGCGUAUCCUGGUGAACCUGCUGCUCGACACGCUGCCCAUGCUGGGUAACGUGCUCCUCCUCUGCUUCUUCGUUUUCUUCAUCUUCGGCAUCAUCGGGGUGCAGCUGUGGGCGGGGCUGCUCAGGAACCGCUGCUACCCAGAGGAGAACUUCACACUGACUUCGGGUAUCGGUCUCCCCCGACCUUACUACAUGGCCGAUGAAGAUGACGAGCGGCCCUUCAUCUGCUCCUUACCCGUCGACAACGGCAUCAUGUCCUGCUCAGAUGUCCCAGCCCGCCGUGAAGGAGGCCGGGCCUGCUGUUUGGACAAAGAGGACGUUGUCUACCGUCAGUCCAUUGGACUGAGUCCUGAACCUUUGACCAACGGCAGCGUCAGUGUAGCUGGCCUGUGCGUCAACUGGAACCAGUACUACACCAGAUGUCACACUGGAAGCAGCAACCCACACAAAGGUGCCAUCAAUUUUGAUAACAUUGCCUAUGCCUGGAUCGUCAUCUUUCAGGUGAUCACUCUGGAGGGCUGGGUGGAGAUCAUGUACUAUGUGAUGGAUGCUCACUCUUUCUACAACUUUAUCUACUUCAUCCUCUUAAUAAUAGUCGGUUCCUUCUUCAUGAUCAACCUGUGCCUUGUGGUCAUCGCAACCCAGUUUUCAGAGACCAAGCAGCGGGAGCACCAGCUAAUGCAGGAGCAGCGCGCUCGCUGCUCGUCCUCUUCGACGUUGGCCAGCGAGCCGGGAGAUUGCUACGAAGAACUCUUCCAGCUGGUCUGCCACUGCCUCCGCAAGGCCAGGAGGCAAACAGUUGCUUUUUUUAACAGUUUGCGAGGUAAACCCCGUGGGUUUCGGGGCGUUGGGCGAGGAAGACGAGGAGGGGAUGAGAGGGAGAAGAAGGCCAAUGGAAGGCGAGAACUUGAGACGAGGCUUGUGUCCAGGCCUGGUCAUCCGUGCCCUCAUCAUCAUAAACCAGUUCACGCCUCGUCAGCUGAGCCUGUAGCCCUGACUGCUGCCUCGAAGGUAGACGGUUGUCCUCAGUGUGCUGCAGCACUGGAGCUUAAAGACGGAGUGGGAGCCGUCUGUGUCGCUGGCGAUGAAACAGAGGAGGAAGCAGUGGACAAAACCAACAGUGAGGAUAAGCAAAAACAAGGAACCAAAGAUGAGGACAAAAAAACCCCGAAAAGUGCCGAGAACCAUAUAGGAUGUAGCCCAAAGAAAGGAUGCAAAGAACUUUGGCAGGACACGAGGAAGAAGCUGUGGGGCAUCGUAGAGAGCAAGUACUUUAACCGAGGCAUCAUGAUCGCCAUCCUUAUCAACACCAUCAGCAUGGGGAUUGAGCACCACGAGCAGCCGGACCAGCUCACCAACGUGCUGGAGAUCUGCAACAUCGUUUUCACCAGCAUGUUCUCCAUGGAGAUGAUCCUGAAGCUCACCGCUUUCGGCUCCUUCAACUACUUGAGGAACCCCUACAACGUGUUUGAUGGCAUCAUCGUCAUCAUAAGCGUUUGUGAGAUCGUCGGCCAGUCGGACGGCGGCCUGUCGGUGCUCCGGACGUUCCGGCUGCUGCGCGUGCUGAAGCUGGUCAGGUUCAUGCCGGCUCUCAGGAGACAGCUGGUUGUCCUCAUGAAGACCAUGGACAACGUGGCCACCUUCUGCAUGCUGCUCAUGCUCUUUAUCUUCAUCUUCAGUAUCCUCGGGAUGCACAUCUUUGGCUGUAAAUUCAGUCUGAAGACAGAAACGGGGGAUACAGUCCCAGACAGGAAGAACUUUGACUCCCUGCUCUGGGCUAUCGUCACCGUUUUCCAGAUUCUGACCCAGGAGGAUUGGAACGCCGUGUUAUACAACGGCAUGGCAGCCACCUCGCCGCUUGCUGCUCUUUACUUCGUGGCGCUCAUGACCUUUGGAAACUACGUCCUCUUCAACCUGCUGGUGGCCAUUUUGGUUGAAGGGUUUCAGGCGGAGGGCGAUGCGAAUCGCUCCUACUCCGACGACGACCACUCGUCCUCCAACUAUGAUGAGAGUGAGAAACGAGACUCCAUUAAGCUGUCUGAUCCAAGAAUUUGUACUCUGACACCAAACGGUCACCUGGAGCUCGGGGCCCUGUCGGGCUCCAGGGGGUCCUACUCCUCGGAGAAGCGCAGCUUCACCAACGAGUCGAGGAAGAGCAGCUUGAUGAGCCUCGGGCGGAGCAGCCUGGAGAGACGCUCCCUUUCUCUGCGCCAUGGCCGCAGUUCCAACUACCACAACUGGGGGCGACCUUUUCCUCCACAGUCUGGAUGGAGUCGCAGGUCCAGCUCCAACAGCCUUGGUAGGAGGACCUACGGGUUCAGUGGGGCGCCCCCUGUUGGCGGCAGCCUGCGUGUCCGCAGCACCCGCUCCCCCUACUCCUACCACCAUGCUUCGGAGCAAGAAUCUCUUCUCUCGCACUCUCUCCACUCGCAUCACUCCCAUCAUCCCCUGCCGCCCCCGAUGUUCCUCUCCAGACAUUUCGGAGGCAGACGGGAUCGGCGGGCUCUUUCCCUGGAACUCCCGGAAUUGCUCCGGACUGGCGGACAAGCUCCGGCACCGCCACCCGUUCAGAUCCCUGACCACGUGAGAAAGAGCGGGUCCGGGGCGGCGGGCUCGCUCACGGGGGGCUCGGGAGCCGGCAGCGGUCUGGGAGCGGACCACCGUGACUGCAACGGCAAGGCGUCGGGUCACCACAACCAUCUGAUGACCAAUGUCUUCCCUCAGGUCAACGCACGCAAGGACAGAGCAGAUCUUGACGAAGAAACAGACUAUAGUUGGUGCUUCCGUAUCCAGAAAAUGAUGGAGGUUUACAAGCCAGACUGGUGUGAGACUAGAGAGGACUGGUCUGUCUACAUGUUCUCUCCUCAAAACAAAUUCAGGCUUCUCUGUCAGUCCAUCAUUGCUCAUAAGCUCUUUGAUUACGUGGUCCUGGUCUUUAUCUUCCUCAACUGCAUCACAGUGGCUCUGGAGAGGCCCAAGAUACUUCAAGGAAGCCUGGAAAGACUGUUACUCACCCUUUCAAACUACAUCUUUACGGCCAUCUUUGUCGCAGAGAUGACAGUCAAGGUUGUGUCCAUGGGCCUGUACCUGGGAGAGACGGCGUAUCUGAGGAGCAGCUGGAACAUCCUGGACGGUUUCCUGGUCUUUGUGUCUCUGAUUGAUAUUGUCGUGUCAAUGGCAGGAGGCGCUAAGAUCCUGGGAGUCCUGCGCGUUCUCCGGUUGCUCAGGACGUUACGGCCUCUCAGGGUUAUCAGCAGGGCUCCCGGGCUGAAGCUGGUGGUGGAGACGCUAAUUACUUCCCUCAAACCCAUCGGAAACAUUGUUCUCAUCUGCUGUGCCUUUUUCAUCAUCUUUGGCAUCCUCGGAGUUCAGCUCUUCAAAGGCAAGUUCUACUACUGCGUGGGUCCGGACGUGAAGAACGUCACGAAUAAAACGGACUGCAUCAGAGCCGGUUACCGAUGGGUUCACCACAAGUACAACUUUGACAACCUUGGACAGGCUCUUAUGUCGCUGUUUGUUCUAGCAUCAAAAGACGGCUGGGUUAACAUCAUGUACCACGGACUGGACGCAGUGGGGAUUGACCAGCAGCCGUUGACCAACAACAAUCCGUGGAUGCUGCUGUACUUCAUCUCGUUCCUCCUGAUCGUCAGCUUCUUCGUCCUCAACAUGUUCGUGGGCGUGGUGGUGGAGAACUUCCACAAGUGUCGGCAGCACCAGGAAGUGGAGGAGGCGAGGCGCAGGGAGGAAAAGCGCCAGCGUCGCAUGGAAAAGAAGAGGAGAAAAGCCCAGAAACUGCCUUAUUAUUCUUCCUACGGCCGUACUCGGCUGGCCAUCCAUGCUCUGUGCACCAGCCACUACCUGGACCUCGUGAUCACCUUCAUCAUCUGCAUUAACGUCAUCACCAUGUCCCUGGAGCACUAUAGCCAACCACAGUCGCUUGAGACCGCCCUGAAGUAUUGCAACUACUUCUUCACCUCCACCUUUGUCAUCGAGGCGUCUCUCAAGCUAGUGGCAUUCGGCUUCCGCCGCUUCUUCAAGGACAGGUGGAAUCAGCUGGACUUGGCUAUCGUUCUGCUGUCGGUGAUGGGCAUCACUCUGGAGGAGAUCGAGAUCAACGCCUCCCUUCCCAUCAACCCCACCAUCAUCAGGAUCAUGAGAGUGCUCCGGAUAGCGCGAGUGCUGAAAUUACUGAAAAUGGCAACCGGCAUGAGGGCCCUGCUGGACACAGUGGUCCAGGCUCUUCCUCAGGUGGGAAACCUAGGCUUGCUCUUCAUGUUGCUGUUUUUCAUCUAUGCUGCUCUUGGAGUGGAGCUUUUUGGCGAGCUCGUGUGUAACGCUGACUACCCUUGCGAGGGAAUGAGCCGCCACGCCACAUUUGAAAACUUUGGAAUGGCUUUUCUUACACUCUUCCAAGUAUCAACAGGUGACAACUGGAAUGGCAUCAUGAAGGACACUCUGAGGGAGUGCCCACAGCAUCUCCCGGGCAACGACUACGGCUGCCACGCCGGGCUGCAGUUCAUCUCCCCGCUGUACUUCGUGUCGUUCGUGCUCACGGCUCAGUUUGUCCUGAUCAACGUGGUCGUCGCCGUGCUCAUGAAGCACUUGGACGACUCCAACAAGGAGGCGCAGGAGGACGCGGAGAUGGACGCGGAAAUUGAACUGGAGCUGGCUCAGGGGGGCCUCUGCUGCAUGAUGGGAAACAUCGGCGCCAUCGCCGGGGCGACAGGCGGGGGCGCGGCCGCGGCAGGCAUGGGCGGAGUGGCAGUGGGGACGGUCGGGGGUCUGGGCAGCGGAGUAACGGUGCCACUUCAAGACGGAGCAGGAGGAGGAGGAGGAGGAGGAGGCAGCUCGACUCACGACGGACACGCCCACCCGCGAUGUCGGCUCUACUCGCCGUCUCAAGAGAGCCAGUGGCUGGACAGUGUGUCUCUGCUGAUUAAGGACUCGUUGGAAGGGGACAUGAUUGACAACCUCUCCGGGUCCGUUUUUCACCACUACUGCUCUUCUCCCGUCUGCAAGGACUGCAAGAGUCACCCGCAAGAGGUCCGACUGGCGGAGGUGGAGCAGGCGUCACUGAUGUCAGAACAGCUGUCAGACAAAUCCUCCUCUCCAGCGUUACCCGAUGACCUGAGCCUGGAUGAACACAGCAGCUACCAGCUGCUUGUCAGAGGCGGUCAGGUGUGUCUCCACUCGCUCACUCAAGCUUAACAAGGCCUUUCCAACUCGCUUGUCACACUCGUGUUGUUUCACACUGGUUACCCAUAAUUCUCUCCAUGGACGAGAUAUUAUUGUUAUAUUGAAUUUCACGCUUUAAAAAAAAACAAAACAAUUUAUAG